AAGUAUUCUUAAUCGCCAAGCCAUCCCUCUAGUCCUUUACAUUCAUGGAAAUGUGUAUAAAGUUUUACACACGUACAACAAAUUGUCCUCAAGUACAAGCAUAUUGGAUGUUUCCAAACAUAUGCUUAGAAGAUUAUAUUUGGGGUAGGGUGGAGUUAGUGCUGAGGAUAUGCCUAGGCUGUUAAGAGCACUGUCUGCUCUUUCAGAGGACCUGAGUUCAUUCCUAGCACCCACAUGGGGCUAACAGCAGUCUUUUAACUCCAGUUGAAGGGGAUCCAAUGUCCUUUUCUGGUCUCUGAGGGCACCAGACAUGCAGGUGAUGUACAGGCAUGUAUGCAGGCAAAACACCCAUGUUUGUGUAAAACACCUAUUUUGUUUUGUUUUGUUUCUUUUGAGAUAGGGUUUCCCUCUGGGCUUGGACAUCACUAUUGGCUGGUUUUAAAUCAAGGCUAUCCUCCUGCCUCAGUCUCUUUUUCUUUUUUAGAUUUAUUUAUUUAUGUAUGUGAGUACACUGUAGCUGUACAGAUGGUUGUGAUCCUUCAUGUGGUUGUUGGGCUCUGGUCGAUCCUGCUCGCUCUGGUUGGCCCCGCUCACUCUGGCCCAAAGAUUUAUUUAUUAUUAUAAAUAAGUACACUGUAGCUGUCUUCAGACACCCCAGAAGAGGGUGUCAGGUCUCAUUACGGAUGGUUGAGAGCCACCAUGUGGUUGCUGGGAUUUGAACUCAGGACCUCCGGAAGAGCAGUCAGUGCUCUUACCUGCUGAGCCAUCUCGCCAGCCCCUGCCUCAGUCUUCUAAGUACUGGGAUUACAAGCAUGAACUUUUGUGUGUGCACGGAUUAGUGAUGGAAUUCCCUAGUCAAGACUCUACCAGUGAGCCACAUACUUAGACACUAAAAGAUAUUUAAGUUUAUUCAUGAAAGAUCUUGGACAGAAACCAGAGCUUGUGAGCCAGGUCUAGUGACUUAAACCUGUAUCUACUUGGUAAAGUAUAGCAGGAGAAUUACUUGAGGUCAGGAGUUGGACAGCAGCAUGUGUAAUAGAAAAUCACAAGACUCUGUCUCAAACAAGCAAAAAAUAAAUAUGAGAAUUUAUAUUACCUGAGAAAUUUGGUCAAUUAUGCCAGCUAGAUAAUCUUAGCCUCUGGGUGGUGGCAGCAGAAAUGCCAGAAGUUCUUGUUUAUUCUCAAGUGUUUGAUGAGACUCUACUUUUUAAAAAUCCAAAAUAAAUCUCUGUCUAUAAAGACAAAACACUUUCUAUAAUUCUCAUAUCUCAAGUAAAAAUAAUUGGUACUCAGAGUGAUUCCAAGCUGGGCCCAGCUGCGUACACCUGUAGUUCAGCAGUCAUGACAUUGCGGUAGGAGGAUCAUGAGUUUACAGUCAGCAAGAGUCACACAGAAGGGCCCUGUUUCAGAAAAGCACAAACAACCAAACAACACCACCAACAAAAACCCUUGCAGUUCUUCCUUUGUGGUCACUGGUUUUCAGCUUGGUGUACGAGGAAAUAUUUAACUCUAACCCUCUGUCUCUUUUUCUCCUUCAGUUGAUUUUAUCACACAGAGCAAGGGGUGGACUGAAAGUCACCAUACUCUCCUGUAAGCUUGCAGAUCCUACUGAGGCAAGCAGGAACCUGGCUAGACAAGGACAUACUUAAAACCAGAUUUUGCUCCAAAUUCUGGGAAAAUAUAGACAUUUAACUCUUACGAUGGAAUGUUAGCUUGAGAAUUAUGUGUAAAAUUACAUUUUGCCUAAAUGUGGUAAAAUUAUUUCUUAGAUUGUCACUGUUUCCUUCUAGAGUUAGCUCAGCCCCCUGGAAUACCAUUUCUAUUAACCUUACCCUGUCUACUCUCACAUGGGGAAAUGUUUGCUUAUGUACAGAAAUAAACAUGCUUGGUCUUCCUCCCAGAUAUGAAUGAUUUCUUUGUCUCUCGAAGAAGGUUAGAAGCCCCCAAAAUGUCCUCUCCGUAGUGUGGUGGCAGAUAUCACUUGACAGGACACAGUGAAAGGUUCCUGAUAUUGGAGAGAAGGCAAGCCCGCGCAGGAUCUGGUCUGGCUUUGGUGAUGACAAGCUGGAGCUACCUGGUGCAGGCUAAGGCUUGCUGAUGCAAGCUUGGCACUUAUGAAUCAGCAGGGAGGGGACCAACUUCAAGAGCUAUGGGAGUGAUGUGUGAGCCUCAGGAACUUUGAAGAGGGAAUUUUCUCAAGACAUCGGCGUGGCAGCUGUUUCUCAUCCCACUCCUCUCUGCAACAGCACAGGGCGAGCACAAUGCUCAGCCCCACACAGAUCUGAGCUACUCGUUUCAGGCACUGGCCCCUCUACAAGAUCCACCCUAGUUCGGCACCAGUUGUGAACCUCAAAUCUGAUCCAUUGUCCUGCAGAGGGCAGGACACAAGAAAAGUCAGGCCCUGCUGGGACUAUCUCUGUGUCACUCAGACUUCAGGAAGAAUCUGACUGUGCAGCAAGACAUAAUGAAGGUUGAACUACUGCCUGCCCUGACUGACAACUACAUGUACCUGAUCAUUGAUGAGGACACCCAGGAGGCCGCCAUCGUGGACCCAGUGCAACCACAGAAGGUUAUAGAAGCUGCGAAAAAGCACCGUGUGAAACUGACCACAGUGCUCACCACUCACCACCACUGGGACCACGCUGGUGGGAACGAGAAGCUGGUGAAGCUGGAGCCUGGGCUGAAGGUUUAUGGAGGUGAUGACCGCAUCGGAGCCUUGACUCACAAGGUCACACACCUCUCCACACUGCAGGUGGGGUCUCUCAGUGUCAAAUGCCUGUCAACACCCUGCCAUACUUCGGGACACAUCUGUUACUUUGUGAGCAAGCCUGGGAGCUCAGAGCCUUCUGCUGUGUUCACAGGUGACACAUUGUUUGUUGCUGGCUGUGGGAAGUUCUAUGAGGGAACUGCAGAUGAGAUGUACAAGGCGCUGCUUGAAGUCUUGGGCCGGCUUCCUCCAGACACAAAAGUCUACUGUGGUCAUGAAUACACCGUAAACAACCUUAAGUUUGCACGCCAUGUGGAGCCCGGCAAUGCUGCCAUUCAAGAGAAACUAGCCUGGGCCAAGGAGAAGUAUGCCAUCGGGGAGCCCACGGUGCCAUCCACCCUGGCAGAAGAGUUCACCUACAACCCCUUCAUGAGAGUGAAGGAGAAGACUGUGCAACAGCAUGCUGGCGAGACAGACCCUGUGACCACCAUGAGGGCCAUCCGCAGGGAGAAGGACCAGUUCAAGGUGCCUCGGGACUGAGGCACACCCACGCUGGGACAGGGACUUCUAACCGACUGGCCUGCUGCUAAUGCAGGACAGUCUACUUUUCAGUUAAUUCAGAGCCCUUAGCUUGUGUUAUCAAAUGUUCUAAUGCAUAUUUAUAAGAGAAAAAAGGUUUAAAGUAUUUAUUCCCAUAA